CAUGCUCAUGGCCUCAGCGCUACGUCAGCAGUGAUACAGAAACAUGGCGGUGUCCAUUGCACAGCGCCCGGCUGCCAAAGCUCGUGUGUUGUUAUUAACUUUUCUCACAACGUUAAUAUUUCACUGCAGUAUCGCCGAUAUCGCCGCCGGUGCCUCGACGUCAGAAGAGCUUCCCCACCGCCGGUUUGAGUACAAAUACAGCUUCAAAGGACCGCACCUGUCUCAGACCGACGGCAAUAUUCCGUUUUGGAUUCACACUGGAAAUGCUAUUCCUAGUGCAGACCAGGUGCGCAUUACAACGUCCCUCAGGAGUCAGAAGGGCUCUGUGUGGACAAAAAACAAAGUCAGCUUUGACAACUGGGAGGCCGAGGUGACCUUUAGAGUAUCUGGAAGAGGCCGGAUGGGAGCGGACGGUUUGGCUUUGUGGUUCACCACUGCACAAGGCCUCGAUGGUCCAGUGUACGGUGCUGCCGACCAGUGGAAUGGAGUUGGAAUCUUCUUUGACUCCUUUGACAACGAUGGAAAGAAAAAUAACCCCGCUAUACUUGUUGUGGGAAACAAUGGCAACCUUGUUUAUGACCAUCAAAAUGACGGCACAACACAAGCCCUCGGCACAUGUUUACGAGACUUCCGCAACAAACCCUAUCCUGUCCGAGCCAAAAUAACGUACUACAAGAAGACGCUGACGGUUAUGAUCAACAACGGUUUCACUCCAGACAGAGAGGACUACGAGUUCUGCACAAAGGUGGACAACAUGAUCAUUCCCAGUGAGGGCUUCUUUGGCAUUUCAGCUGCCACUGGAGGUUUAGCAGAUGACCACGAUGUUUUGUCCUUCUUGUUGUUCAGACUCACAGAGCCAGGCCAGCAACCGCCCCCACCAGAUUCUGAGAUUCCUAAAGAAGAGAAGGACAAGUACCAGGAGGAAUUUCAGAUCUUUCAGCAAGAGCUCGACAAAAAGAAAGAGGAGUUUCAGAAAGAGCACCCAGACGUCCAAGGAGAGCCAAUUGAGGACUUGUAUGAGAGCGUGAAUGACCGGGAGAUCCGUCAGGUGUUUGAAGGCCAGAACCGGAUCCACCUGGAGAUCAAACAGCUCCACCGGCAGCUCGCUAUGAUCCUGGACGAGCAGCGGCGAUAUGUUUCUGUUAUCACGGACGACGUCGCCAAGAAGGGGACGAACGCUGAGUCGGGACAGCUGGAUACUGUCGGUCAACAACAGUUGGGCACUGUCAUAACCACCCAGCAGGAGGUUCUCAAAAGUCUGAAUGAGCUGAGAAACUCCUUUUAUGAGUCACUGAAACAGAUCGGCUUGACCCAACACCAGGGUAAUGCAGGCGGUAUGGGAACAUACGAGAGCAUUCAGCACUUCAACGACAUCAAGGAGCAUCUGCACACGGUCAAAAGGGACGUGGAGCACCUGGUCCAGCGCAAUGCUCAGAAUCCUGCUGAGAAGGUUAUGAAGUGCCCCGAGGUGCCUCCCAUGCCUUCCUGCUUAUCCACUGUUCAUUUUGCAGUCUUCAUUGUCGUCCAGUCAGUCCUGUUCUUCUGCUACAUCAUGUACAAAAGUCAACAAGAAGCAGCAGCAAAGAAGUUCUUUUGAUGAAAUGCAUCUCUGAAAGAGAGUGUGUAAAUGAGGGAAUGUCCAUUUUGAUAAUUGUAUUUUGGUUGGAUUAUUUUCAGAUUAUAAGUUAUUUUACUUGAAAAAUUUGGUUUUGAUGAAGUUUGUUUAAAUGAAUUGCAGAUUUUUAAUUAGAUCAGUAAAUCGUUGUGUAUGAAUGCUGUUGUGAGACCUCUGGAUUUCAAAUAUUAUGUAACAUGUUCCUUACAGUAUUUUGGUCGGUGGGAUCCUUUUGAUUUUGUUUUCAAAAGUCGAAAUCUGCCCCAGUCCCAUUUCAAUGAAACUGAACUGAAAACAAAAAAUCCCUGUGUUUUGAAAUGUGCAAUUUUGUAGAAAAUAAUGCUAUUGGUGAUGAAAAUUCAGAGAAGAUGUCUGCUUCUGUUUAUCUGCUUUGAUUGAGUCAGAAGUGUCAGAAUCUGACAUAUCAUCUACAUGAACAAUUUACAUAAACAGAAAACCCAAA